AUGAGCGAUUCCUUGCCGCAGGAAUGUGUCCUAGCUGACGGAGCAACUGGUAUCAUGUUGAGGCGUCUGCCUGGAAAGCUCUCGACGAACAAAUUCCUCGAGAUCUUGAAUCAGAUAGCAGAAGGAUGUUACGACUUCGUGUACGUGCCCCACGACAAAAACAAGGAGAGCAACGUGGCCCUCGCCUUCGUCAACUUUGUGGACCACCUUUCCGCAAAGAAAGCAUUUUGCACUUUGCGCGAUUGGAGUCAUCCCGAGCUUGGCAGCAGCUUGCGGGUGUCGCAGGCCGAGAUUCAGGGCCUGAAGAACAACCUGGCGUUUUACGUCGCACGGUUCGGCUUGCACGAAGUGGAGAAUCCGCAUGCGCCGCGAGUCUUCGAAGAUGGGCAGCCUCAGCCGUUGCUGGAGGCAGUUAAGAAGCACCUGGACAUCGAGCUCAUCGCUGAGGCCAGCGAGCACAUCAAAUCUCGAAAGCUGGCUAUGGCCUCGGCCGAUGGAAGCGCUUCAAAGUCCAAGCCAAGGAGCACGCAAAACAGAAGGACGGGCUCCUCCAGUUUCCAGCCUUUCCAGCCAACCUCCAGCCGUACUGGUGUGCGUCAGACUGUCAACACUGGUGCCGCUUAUCCCUUGACGACCCAUUCUCAGAUGGGUCCUGCAGACGCUUGGCAGACUCGGCAGCCCCAGCUUCCGGCCGUCCCUUUGCAACCACAAUGGCAAAACCCUCAGUUUCAAGGGGCGCUGCAGGGUCCCCAGCAGACCGACCCGGGCUUUCACCCGGCUGCGUCGUCUUCAGCCCCUCCACAACUCAAAGCGCCCUUCUAUGAUGACGAGACACCGGAUGGAAGCCUGCUGUUUUUUCUGUGA